AUGGUGUCUUCAGCUGUCCUCGAUCAGUAUCGUGUCAUUGUCGGCAUUGACUUUGGUACAACGUAUAGUGGUGCUGCUUACUGUAUCCUUUCCUCUGAAGAGGUCGCCGAUAUCAACACAUGGCCAAAGCAACCGGCUCAUCGAUACCCCAAGGCACCAACUGCUAGUCUUUACAAAUCCGAUACCAUGCAACUUGCAGCUUGGGGUAAUGCAGCUCGUCAAAAACGUUCUCAAGCUACCCAGGACAAUUUUAUCUUUUUGAACUUGUACAAGUUGUAUCUCGAUGACAGUCUUGAUGGCAUCCUCCCACUUCCCGGUGGCAUUAAACCUAUUCAGCUGGUAGCAGAUUAUUUGCGAGCAUUUCAUGCACAUGUGGUUUCGGAGAUGAAGAAAGGAUUUGCCCAACAAUUUGAAGAGCAUCAAUAUCGCUAUUGCUUAACGGUACCUGCCAUGUGGUCUGACAAGUCAAAAAAAGCAAUGCGUGAUGCCGCUAUCUUAGCAGGCUUGAUCAGCGAGGAUGAUCCCCACGAUCGAUUGAUGCUGAUUUCCGAACCCGAAGCUGCUGCCAUUUAUUGUGAGAACUCAUGCGAGCAAUUCGAUAUGAGCGAUGGAGACGAAUUCAUGAUUUGUGAUGCUGGAGGUGGUACGGUUGACUUGAUUGUAUUUACGGUCAAGAUGGGCAUUGAUGGCACGCGUCGUUUCAAGGAGAGCACCAAGGGAAUGGGCAAAUCAUGUGGAUCCAGCUUUGUGGAUAAGAGGAUGCGAAAGUUGCUAAAGAGCAAACUCAAAAAGGUCGUGGAUCGUAUCCCUGAUGGUGCCAUGGAGAGCAUGAUGGAGACAUUUGUGGAUACAAUGAAGCCCGAAUUUGAUGGAACCGAUGACAUGUUUAUGCCGAUCCCACUUACCCUUGGUUUGACACCUGAGCAAACGGAUGAAUCAAUUGGAUUGGAUGCAGGCUAUUUGCGAUUCACAGUGGAUGAGCUCAAGGAACGUGUUUUCGAACCUGUGGUUCAGGAUGUGCUUGCAUUGAUUCAAAAGCAACGACUUCAGACAACCAAUCUUAAAGCCAUCUUUACUGUGGGCGGUUUUGGAGCAUCGCAUUAUCUUCAGCAACGGAUAGCCGAGGAAUAUACCAAGCAAAAUAUCAAGGUGGUGACUCCAUAUCGUGCAGAGCUUGCUGUUGCUCGAGGUGCAGCUUACUUUGGCAUGAAUCCUUACAAGGUGGCAACGCGUGUACCCCGCUAUUGGUAUGGUAUUGAUAUCACCAACACCUUUGUGCCGGGUGUCGACCCUGAAGAAUACAAAAUCAUUCGUGCUGAUGGAAGCGUACGCUGCGAUAAUCGCUUUUCAUGCUUUGUACCACGUGGCGAGCCAUUAGACAUGGAUAGCUGUAUCACCCAAAAGUACAAGACCAUUUACCCUUGUCCAACAGCAUGCACCUUUUAUGCAGCAAGUACAGAUGAGAUGCCUCGAUAUACACUGCAACCAGGUGUGCGAAAAGUGUUUGAUUUCGAGAUUCCAAUGCCCGUACUACCGGAUGUUGCAGAAGGGGAACCCCUUGAUUUGACUAUCAAGAUGUACUUUGGCGAAGUCGAGCUGCGUGUUGAAGCUGUCAUUCGAGGCCAGACUUAUCGUGUAGUUUGUAACUUUAAUGUCUAG